GGGAAAGACGCAGUAUAGACACGUGAGGGAAGGGAAGUUGAAGUGGAAGAGGGGGGUAUGCAUGCGCCAGUCAUAUUUUGUACGUUUCCGGUGUAUAGUCUUAUAUCAUUUCAUUUUUAGAUUUUAUUCCAAAUUAUGAUGUAUUAUUCUUUUUAAAUUCACCGACAUUAAUUUUAUUUAGUGGUUGCCAUUUAGCAAAUAUAAUCGAAGAAAUCUAGUAUGUUUGAACGGUCUGUCAUUAGCGGUCGCCAUAGAGGUUUCACAAGUGAUAUUUGUCAGUACUAAUAAGCUUAAGGAAAAAUUAAAGAUUAGUUCUUAUUGACUUUGCUGAUUGAAGUUCGUCUUGAGAUAAAGAAACCAGUCGAUGAUUGUAAUGUUGUCUCUCACUUGAAAAUUUGUGCGAUAUUGUUGGAUUGUUAAAAUGCUGUCAUUCUAUUGUGAUCGACGAUAGUGCGCAUGUAUUGUCGUCAAAAUGAGUGUAUAACGAAGAAAUUGUGGCAUUAUAUUCACGUCUGAAUUUGAAGUACCUGCAGACUGUUGCCGAGUUGAUCACCUGUUGCCAGCAACAUGGUUCCUUUACUACCUUUGCUAUUUUUGUUGCCAAUCCAAACAUCAGCCCGAGUUUUGGUUUAUUCUUUUGAUUGGCAACAAGCUGCCCAAGCAGAAUUUCCUGAUAAACCUGCUCUGUUUGGUGGAUCUUUGCCUCUAGAUGGGUUGAAGGGUUUGCUCACAUAUAGAAAUCCAGCGAAUCAUUGUUUAUCUAUGAGUCCUCCUCCACCACUUGAAAAUCCUCUUGGAAAUUGGGUGGUAUUGGUGCCACGAAAUGAUUGUCACUUUGAAGAUAUGGUACGCAGUGCUCAGAAAGCAAACUUCAGUGCAGUUAUUGUUCACAAUGUACAUUCAAGUGAUUUGGUGCCUAUGUCAGCGGAUCAUGGAAAUGAUAUAAUGAUCCCAGCUGUAUUUGUCAGUGAAGAAGCUGGUAUCAGGUUACAAACUCAGUAUACGUAUAAUCAUAGCUACUAUGUUUUAAUAAAUGAUGAACUGCCAUUUGACUUCAACACACAUUUAUUGUUACCUUUUGCCAUUGUGGUUGGCAUCUGCUUCCUUAUCAUGCUUGUGUUCAUGGUUGUGAAGUGUAUCAAAGACCAGCGAAGAGCUCGAAGACACCGUUUGCCAUCAUCCUCUCUCCGUAAAAUCCCAACAGCUCGUUUCCAAAAAGGUGAUCCCUACGAGACCUGUGCUAUAUGUCUUGAAGAUUAUGUGGAGGGUGAUAAAUUGCGAGUGCUACCAUGUUCACAUGCCUACCACACAAAGUGUAUUGAUCCCUGGCUAACACGAAAUCGAAGAGUUUGUCCUGUUUGCAAGCGCAAGGUUUUUGCUCAUGAUGAACAACGCCCAAGUGAUGAUUCCGACUCGGACAGCGAGGGUGGGCUAACUACAGAUGAUACAACACCACUUGUUCGUCAUUCUUUGCAAAGACCACCUGUAACGCAGGGAGGCACGUUUCAGCCCCAGCAGGUCAAUCCUUUUGUCCGUGCAAGCCGUGCUGCUUCAGCUUCGCAGUCUUCUUUAUCAUCUGAAGAGAGUACCGGCUGGGGCCGUGUCACAAGACCUGACACUGCUACUAGUGCUGCUGAUGCAUCAUCAGAGGCUUCAUCUCAUUACGGAUCACCUCAUGAAGGCCAAUUGUCAGUGAAUACAGAACCAUCUCAAGCUCAGCCAGCAGAUGCCAGCCACAUGAUUGUGUAGACUUGAGAGAAAACACAAGGCACCCUUUUGGGGCAAGGGUGCAAGUCUUCUCAAUUAUUAUCGAGUGCUAUUUUAUACCAUGUAGUGCUUGUUACAUCUAGAUACAAAUGUAUGCUUAUUUCUUUUUAAAAAAAAUAUGUUCAAUCGUGUAGUGGAGCAUGUGAUUAGGUUUUUUCUACACAGCUACCCAGAAUCAGAUGAAUGUAUUACUUCCAUUGAUAAAGAGGCCUGAGUUUAAGUAAAGUGUGAACAAGCUACUAUUGUGAGACUAUGGUACAAAGUGAUGGUGUGUUGACGGAUUAAUCUUAAUACACAUCUGUGCAGGAUUCUUUUUUCUAUGAAGUUUUGUGAACUUGGUGGUUUGACAGUGUGUCAGAUUGUUGGUACAUGGAACUUUGUCAGAUUUUAGCUACCUAACGUAAUGUGGGUGUUGCUGUACGUGUUUGGUUUCCUGCAAGUGAAAAUUAUUUCCACAGCUGCAUUGAGCAGUGAGGCAUAUCGAGAUUGUAAAAUGCAUUAAGUAAGAGAUUCUGUUUUGUAAUUCUUUUUUUGCCUCCGAACUACUGGUGCCAAAGUGGUUUUAUUUAUCCCAUAAUGGAGCCAGCAGAACGAGUGAGAUCUGCCCUCAAUAUCAUGACUGACCUGUAGAUAAUUGCCUCAAGAGAGAUGUAAUUGUCCAUAUUGUGAUACAUUCAGUUGCAACCACACUUGACUGUAUGUAUGAAUGUAUGUAAGUCUGUAAAUGUCAACUUGUAAUAUUUCACUGUAUAUUUGAUUUGAUAUUUUCAUUGUAAAUAUAUAAAACUUGCUUGCUCCAAUUUAUUUCAGUAUUGAUGCUAAAAGAGUGUCAAUUCAUUUAUCAUUUCACGUGUUUUGUUUUUUUUAAUUCCACAUUGUACCAAGAAAUAGUUCAGUAGGGGAUGAAAAUGUAGCUAAAAAAUAUAUCCACUGCAAGAG